AUGACAGACAACAGUCUGUAUGGCCAGGGCUCCACCCUCAACUACUCCCAAGCAGCCAUGAUAGGUUUGAUGGGUAGCCACGGCAACCUGCAAGACUCCCAGCAGCUGGGCUACAGUAGCCAUGGCAACAUCCCCAACAUCAUUCUCACAGGUACUAUUCCGCCACACCAGGUGGCUCACUCAAGUCUCAGCAAGGCUAGGCAGAAGAAUAGAGUUCACACAAUGUAAACACUCUCUCAAUACAAAGCUCUAACUCUUGUUAUGUCUAGGGGUCCAAGGCACGCCUAGCUGUUCGAUAAGCUGUCUGAAUGUUUGCAUUUAGCAUGAAAGUGAGUGUAAGCAGACUGGUUGUCAGUGUAUUCACCUAGGAAGAACGAGUACUUACCAGGGUCCAGGGUGAGCUCUGUCUUAGUCAGCCAGCCCAACCCAUUUGUUCUUGUCGUGACAAAUAAUAAUAAAAACAAAUACAAAAAAUACAAAAAGGCAUGCCCAAACAAAAAAAGUAUCGCACAAAUGCGCGACCCUGCUGGGCUGAGAGGCUUCUUCUUCUUCUUCUUCUUCUUUAAAGUUUUAUGGCAGACUACAUAUGUACGGGGUGUUCUUCUUUGAUAUUAUUGCGGUCCGCAAACAAAUGCUGUAGGUGCAUGCCGCCACCUACUGUGUUGGCUGUAUCAGCCCAAAACAUUUACAAAAUAAAAGUAAACAAAGUAAACAAAACUCAAUGUACUCCUUUAUUCAGAUUCAACUGCCAACACCCAUCCCUACAGGCUCUGGGGCCUGAGAAGAAAGAGCAUCUUCAGACUGUAUUCUUUGCAAUGUUUCUGCGUUGAAGUCCUGGAAACCCAAAAACCUUUCAGCCGCAGAUACUAUUAUGUCCAGUUUCUUGGAAUUUUUGUUUGUUUGUGCAGUACAAUUAAUCACAUGCGCGAUAAACACCAUAAAAUCCACCUUCUUCACAAUCAGCAUAUCCGUUUCCCUCAACUGUUGAACAACACUCUGAAUCUCAAGAUUCAGCGGAGAAUCCACCACCAUAUCUUCAGCUCCCCUCGCUCCUUCAGCUAUUUCACUUGCCUCCGGGUAGGAGACCUGCUGUAUAGCUCUGACCCUUUGCCACUUCAUACUCCUUUAACCUAACCGGGCACUCCGUGGAAUUGGGAACGUGGUUUCCAGGCUGAGAGGCUAUUCAAUCCACCGCUCUUCUCACUAAUCACCUGCCUAUCACUUGCACCUGUGAGCAAUUACUUAUCAAUCCCCUGCUGGGGGAAAGGCGUUCCAAUGAAUGGGUCUUAAGGUUAUUAUAGCUGAUAGCUGGUGGUGGUGGUGGGGAGGUGGAUGAUUGUCGAAAACAGUUGCUGAGAAACAGCAAGUGAGAGUACAUGGGUAAAUUGACAUACAUCCCAAGAUGUAUGCCCAUUGGUUGAGAGAGAGGAAGGUGAUAAUUGCAAGAGUGAGCACAUAGGUUGAACAGCAAGCGUGAGGAAUGUGCAUUAUUGUGCCGUGUUUAUAGGCUAUAGGAAAUAGGAGAAUGACACACCGCACGUGGCUAACAGGAAAGAGGAGGAGAAACAACACACUAUGCUGAUGAUGAUACGUUUGUAUUCAUUCCCACUAUGCCCGUAGAAUAGGACAGUAAGUGAAUUAUGUUAUGCAUACUGGAUGAAGUUAAACGAGCAUUCAGACCAGCCUUCCUGAUUUGAACUUUCGUAAACUACAUUUAUUAAAUGCUCCUUGAAAUAUUUAAUGAGACGCUAUUCUUUAUGUGGUGUAAACGCUGGAAGACCCUGACCACUCCUCAUCUCUCUUUACCGGUGUAUGUUUUAGCCACUGGAGAGUCACCACCCAGACCUUCCAAGGGUUUGUCUUACAGCUCUCUGUCGGCUGACAUCAGCUUCGACGCAGACUCUCAGUUUCCCCUGGACGAGCUGAAGAUCGACCCGCUGACCCUAGAUGGGCUGUACAUGCUCAACGAUCCUGACAUGGACCUCACUGACCCCGCCACAGAAGACGCCUUUCGGAUGGACCGGCUGUAG